UGUCAAGUCCGAGAAAGGUCGGGGAAAAACAGCAGCCGGAGCUUUGUGUUUGCUUCAUUUGGGGAGUCAAAUUUAGUAAUAAAGCAUCUGUAUUAUGGCUGCUGCUGCUGCAAUAAGAUCCGUGCUAAAGAGAAGGGUUCCUCUUCAAGUUGGUCGUUUGUGUCACUCUUCUUCUGUGUCCACCACCAAGCUGUUCAUCGAUGGGAAGUUUGUCGAGUCCAAGAGUUCAGAAUGGCUGGAUAUUCACAAUCCUGCCACCAACGAGGUGAUCGGCCGUGUACCUAAAUGCACCCAAGAGGAGAUGCUGGCCGCCGUUGACUCCUGCUCCAAAGCAUUUCACUCCUGGUCUGAAACAUCCAUUUUGACUCGGCAGCAGGUGUUUCUGCGCUAUCAGCAGCUUAUCAAGGAGAACAUAAAAGAACUCGCUAAGGCCAUUACACUAGAACAGGGAAAGACUCUUGCAGAUGCCGAGGGAGACGUGUUCAGAGGAUUGCAGGUUGUGGAGCAUGCCUGCAGCAUCACCUCACUGAUGCUCGGUGAAACCCUGCCCUCCAUCACAAAGGACAUGGACACCUACACCUACCGCCUCCCUCUCGGGGUUUGUGCCGGCAUCGCCCCCUUCAACUUUCCUGCCAUGAUCCCGCUGUGGAUGUUCCCCAUGGCCAUGGUGUGCGGCAACACGUACCUGAUGAAGCCUUCAGAGCGCGUACCCACGUGUACCAUGCUGAUGGCCAAGAUGCUGCAGGACGCUGGCGCUCCCGACGGCACGCUGAACGUCAUCCAUGGCCAACACGAUGCUGUGAACUUCAUCUGUGAUCAUCCGGCCAUCAAGGCAAUCAGCUUUGUUGGCUCCAAUCAAGCAGGAGAGUAUAUCUAUGAGAGGGGCUCUAAAAAUGGCAAGAGGGUCCAGUCCAACAUGGGAGCCAAGAACCAUGGUGUGGUGAUGCCUGAUGCCAACAAGGAGAACACUCUGAACCAACUUGUGGGUGCAGCUUUCGGGGCAGCGGGUCAACGUUGCAUGGCGCUCUCCACCGCCAUCCUGGUGGGCGAGGCCCAGAGUUGGCUGCCGGAGCUGGUGGAACGCGCCAAGGCUCUGCGUGUGAAUGCAGGAGACCAGCCUGGUGCAGAUGUGGGGCCGCUGAUCACUCCUCAGGCCAAACAGAGAGUGUGCAGCCUGAUCCAGAGCAGCGUGGACGACGGAGCCAAGAUUCUCCUGGACGGCCGAAAUGUCAAGGUCCAGGGUUACGAGAACGGCAAUUUUGUGGGUCCCACCAUCAUCGACAACGUAACACCUGACAUGAAGUGCUACACUGAGGAGAUCUUCGGGCCUGUGCUGGUGGUUCUCCACGCAGACACUCUGGAUGAUGCCAUCAGUUUGGUCAACAGGAACCCUUACGGCAACGGGACAGCCAUCUUCACCACAAACGGUGCUACGGCACGCAAAUACACUCACGAGGUGGACGUGGGCCAGGUUGGAGUCAAUGUUCCCAUCCCGGUUCCACUGCCCAUGUUCUCAUUUACUGGAUCAAGAGGCUCCUUCAGAGGCGACAUGAACUUCUACGGAAAACAAGGAAUCCAGUUCUACACGCAUAUCAAAACCGUGACCUCUCAGUGGAAAGCUGAAGACGCCACCUUGAAACGCCCUGCCGUUACCAUGCCUACCAUGGGAUAGUAGCUACCCAGCAGUCAACCCAGAAGAGUGGGCUGUUAUAAAGCUAGACACAGUUCUACCAACACAGCAGCAUUAAUCUCAUUUUUAGCAGCUGUAGUUAAUAAAUAUCGCUGCUCGAAGGCCCGAAGGGGGAUUAUGUCGUGGCGAUUUCUAUCUGUCUGUCUUUCCAUCCAGAAAAGCAUUCUGAAAUCAACUCCUGUAACAUUUUUAAGAGAAUUGGUGUGAAACUUGGUACAAGUCCUUUUUAUAGGUUGGCAAUACGCAUAUUAUCAUAUCGUUAAGAGUUGGGCCCAUUUUAACAGAGUGAUAGCUCUUGAUUAAUAAAUCUAGACUCUGUCAGUUUCA